GCCCUACUAGGGGAAAGGUUUGUGAAUUAUAUGCCAUAUUUAUGGAGUUGAGUGGAGAACCAUGGCAAAAGUUUUAAGUAAUACUUGUUCACUAAUAGAUUUUGGAACGAAUCUUACAAGAGGGUUCACCGCUCAUGGAUUCCCUCGACGUUUCAAGCAAUUACACCACAACUGGCCUUUUCCAGUGCUUUCCAAUCGAUUCCUCUCAAGCACUCCCUUCUUAGCUAGGCUUCAACUGAGGAGCACAUCAUUUGAGGCUCAGGCGAGAAAGCUGCCUUGUUUUUUGGCAAUGGGGGAGCUUGGUCAAGAAGACAAAAAUAGCUUAAGUUUUCAAGGGGUUGUUCUGCCAGCUACUGAAAUUUAUGUGGAAAAGGCUGUUGAGGCCCUCAGAGCUGGGAAGGUGAUUGCUGUACCCACUGAUACUCUUUAUGGACUUGCCUGCGAUGCAUGUUCUUCAGCAGCAGUCCAAAAGAUAUAUGAAAUUAAAGGGCGCAGUAUUACAAGUCCUCUUGCAGUAUGUGUCUCUGACGUGCUGGAUGUUGACCGCUUUGCAAUAACCUCUCAUUUGCCAGAUGGGCUUCUUCAGUGUCUUCUUCCUGGGCCUGUCACUUUGGUUCUGGAUCGGGGCCAAGAAAGUUUGCUUGAGAAGUCCCUAAACCCUGGAAUAGAUACCAUAGGAAUCCGAAUACCAGAAUGUGACUUUAUACGAAUGAUAGCUCAAGAUUUUGGAAGUGCUCUUGCACUUACCAGUGCUAAUCAAAGUGGACACUCAAGUACAGUUUGCAUUGAAGAAUUUAAGCAGCUGUGGCAAGAAUGUGCUUAUAUUUUUGACGGAGGCCAACUUCCAGUUGGACGUGCAGGCUCAACAGUCAUAGAUCUGACCAGACCUAACUUGUACAAAAUACUUAGGCCUGGAAGUGCUUUGAAGGAGACGACACAAAUCCUUGAUAGAUUCGGUUGGAAAGAGACCAGCUAAGCAUGCUAGGUAGUACAAUAUGGAGCAAAUAUUCCCCUAUGUUGAACUUCUCUUGUAUAAUAUUUAUUAAAUUAAUGUUUUCUCAUCAUUGUUACAAUGUUUAUUGGCCAUGUUCCUCUGCAUCUAACUAUGCAUUUAGGCCAUCCAUUUGUUUCUCCAUAUUUCAAAUGGUUAGCCGUAAACAUUGAUUUCCUUAAUUUAUUAUUUUAUAUAAAUGAGCCAUUCUAAUGCUGCUAUCUUUGAUC